AUGUUCACCGGCCAAGGCACUUGUUUUGGACCGGCUGAAGAGCACGGACUGCACGGGUGUCAGCCGAAUGAGCCGGCUUCAGUUGUGCGGCUGCAGACAGCUAAACAUGGCGGCACGUGCUUAAACAUGUCUCACACAGUGAAUCUCACAGUGGAACAGAAUGGUGACAUGCACAACCUCGAAGUGAACGAGGACGUGGCGAAACUGUUGGUGUCUGCAGAUACAGAUGCAGAGGUUAAACAGAUCAUCAUAGAUCAGCUAUGCCGGUCACAAUGUGACAAGACAAACCAGACUAAUACAGAGGCAGUGGCAAAAUGUUCUGUGGAUAAUCCAGAAGUUGGUGAUAUCAUGUGGACAAAACCAGCAGAGAAACUGAUCCUUGAUGAACACAAAAAAAUGGAGGAGGAAAAGAAACCGUCGAAAAAUAAGUGGAAAAGAAUGUCUCAGAUAAUGUGUGAUAACAAGUAUAACUUCACUGCUGAACAAUGUCGCCUGAAGAUAAAGAGUCUGAAAGACAGGUAUGCUAAGCAGAAAAAAAAAUAAUACAUCUGGCGAAUCCCCAUCGGAAACAGAUCCUCAGCUAGAAGAUUGUUUUGAGUCUCAGCCAGACUGCAAACCGGUAGCU